UGCGAAAAAAUGAAGGCCCAAACAAUGGCGAAGGUGGUGAGUGCGGUGCUGCUGGUGGCUCUGGUGGGUCGAGCGGCUGGAAACACAGUAAUCAGCUGCCACAGUUGCGAGGGAGCCAAUUGCCAGAGGGUUCAGCUGGCCAAAACGCAGUCCUGCGUCGAUUCCCUGGACUACUGCGUGACCAUCUACGAUGAAGCCAAGGUCCUGUUCAAGGGCUGCUCCCUAGAAAUUCCCUAUGAGUUGCGCUCGAAAUGCGAGGAUAGUCGCUCCUGUUACAAGUGCAACACCAAGGAGUGCAACAAUGUGGGUUCGGCCAAAUAUGCCUGCAUUCAGUGUGAUUCCAGCAAGGACUCCGAUUGCGCUUCGAAUGCUGCCGUUUUGGAAGCUGCCCGCUGCAAUGCCCCCACUGCCCCGAAUUCGUAUUGCUAUGUCAAGUCCUCGGGUGGAUCCAUUGUAAGGGGCUGCUCCACCACCGAAGCUGAUCAGCAGACCUGCCUGAACGAUGCCAACUGCCUGCUGUGCUCACCUGGCGAUGUCAGGAACUGCAAUGCUGCCAACAUCGCCGAGAGCUCCAGUGCUGGAAACCGCUUCAUUCGAUUUCUGAGAUAACUAUAAUAAUUCUUGUAUCACUUAAAACUCAAUAAAGAAAAAUAAAAACCAAAA